AUGGACACUAGCUACCUGUCGCAGCAGGUCACCACCAUCAUCGGCCAGCUCCACGGCCUCUUCGACGAAAUCGGCGUCCCCGACCAUGAGCGCGAUUCCCGCGAGGAAGAGCUCUUCUCGGCGCUGUCCGCGACGCUGAAUAACCAGCUGAAGCUGGUGAAUGCGGAAAAGAACGAGAAGGUUGAGGAGGCGCAGCGCCUCAUCAAGACCAUCAAGCAGCUGGAGGCUUCGUUGGAAGAACUUGCGCAAGCUCUUGAAUCAUACGCUUCUCAUCUCGAGCCUUCCUUCCUCCAUAUCAAACUCCCCCCGACAUCGCCGAAUGCGAAGAUCUCCCCGACCUUUGAUGUGUCGCCGUCGUAUGUCGAUUCCCUCGAUGAGGAAUUCUCGCGAAUAUACGAAGAGUACACCCGUCGCGUGGGGUGGGUACAGUCAACAGCGGACGAGAUCAUCAAGCUGUGGGCGGAGCUAGGGACGCCUCAGGCACAGACCGAUGCUGCUAUUCUUGAGUUUGCGAGAGAUGCGCCUGAGCAGCUGGGUUUGCAUCAGGAUGACUUGGACCGCUUGCGUGCCAGGAAGGACAGGCUGGUUGAGGAGAAGGCGCAAAGGGAGAGGCGCCUGAGGGAUCUUCGUAACAACAUCGAGGCCCUUUGGGAUCGCUUGGGGGUUGAGGAAGCCGAUCGCAAGGCUUUCUUUGCCGGCAAUCGCGGUUGCGGCAUUAGGUCCAUCAACGAGUACGAGGACGAGCUUGCCAGACUCAACGAGCUGAAGCGCAAGAAUAUGCACCUGUUUGUCGAGGAUGCCCGCGACAGACUCCAACAGCUCUGGGACAGCCUGUACUUUUCCGAAGAGGAAAUGCUGGACUUCACGCCUGCUUUCUCAGACGUCUAUAGCGAUGCUCUUCUCUCAGCUCACGAAGCUGAGAUCGACCGACUCGAGGCUUUGAAGGAACAGCGUGCCCCCAUACUUGCCUUGCUGGACAAGCACAAGUCUCUCCUGAACGACCGGAACGAGCUCACCGCAUCCGCGCAAGAUGCAUCCCGACUCAUGGGUCGCGGCCAAAAGGGUGAGCGACGGGACCCUGGAAAGCUUUUGAGGGAGGAGAAGAUGAGAAAGAGGAUCGCAAAAGAACUUCCCAAGCUCGAGGCUGAACUCAGAAAAGCUCUUGAGGCUUACGAGGACGAGUACGGUAGGCCUUUCAUGGUCCAAGGUGAGAGGUACCUCGACGAGCUUGAUAAUUCAGCUUCUGCAAGAGCCCUGCCGCCUCGUUCGAAGACCCCGUCCGCGGGAGCAACUACUCAAAGACCUACUUUGCACAAACAGAGCAAGUCGGCGUCGUCGUUGAAUCGCGAGGGAUCGAUAACCCGUUCGAACAGCGUUCGUGGCGGAUCACAGGCGCCUCCUUCCCGGACUAAAACGCCGGUUACGACGAACUUUAACCAAAGCACUGCCAGCUUCAGAAGCAACGCCGAUUACAGCUUUGGUAGUAUCUCCAGGGGACACAACCCGCUAUCCGCAUCAGUGUCGUCCAGCGGUAGCGUCAGGGGUGGAAGCCCCACCAAGAUUCCAGGUCGCGCUCCGCUGCGAAACAUGCUGGAGCGCAAUAACUCUGUGAGCAGCGACCGCCAUUACCAACCUGGAAGGGACGACUUGACUAUUCGAGGCAACUCUACAAUACGCGGUAACAUGGCACCCCCGCGUGCUCCGCCGCCCAAGAUGAAAGAUCUCUUCACGCCUCCGCCUGAAAACACCAGCUUUGACCGCGAGACUUCAUCGGACCGCGGCAGCAUCGUCCGCUCCCUUGCUCCAGAGGACCCCUACGAUGACCGCUCGUUCAUGUCUUUUACGCGACCUGAGUCGUCUGGCCGUGGCAGCUACCCGCCGAUGGCGCCCCCUCAUGGUCGGUCGGACAGUCGCCAGACAUCGACUACUUCAUCGACUGUGCAAACUGCUCACUCCGGGUCUGAGAAUUGGGAGACCUACAGCGACGUAUCAGAGCCCGAGCCGGACGCCAGCGAAGCGUACUAUGCCAAGCUGCGUGCUAAUCACAUGCAGCGCUAUACCCCGGAGCUGAAUAGCACGCACCGCAGAUCGAGACCGGCGAUGGGAAGCAUCCGUGGGGUUGGUGCGACUCAGCGGAUGAUCGAACGCGAGGAUGACCGCUUGAUGAGUGCUGAGGGCAGUGAAGCCGGCUGGACGGACGACAACGAGACCUACUGA